AUGUGGUCAAUAAUAAUUUUAAUAAUAUUCUGUGUUAUUGCCUAUUUUAUCACUGACGAAUUAAUACCAAAGUUAAAGCAUUUAUUUAUUAAUGCUGGUUUAUACGGCAUAGAUUUAUGCAAAGUGUCACAGGAGAAAAUUCCAGAAGCCCUUGGUGUUGUGUCGGGAUGUAUAUUUUUGGUUACAAUAUUCUUAUUUAUACCAAUAGCUUUCGGAAAUGACUUGAUGGAUAGAGGAAGCUUUCCACAUAAUGAGUUUGCAGAACUACUAGCAGCUUUACUAUCUAUAUGUUGUAUGUUGCUACUGGGCUUUGCUGAUGAUGUAUUGAACCUCAAGUGGAGAUACAAACUUCUCCUGCCGACAGUCGCUUCACUACCAUUGUUGGUUGUCUAUUAUGUUAAUUUCAACUCAACAACUUUUGUUGUGCCACUCCCAUUGAGGCAAUUCUUUGGAGUUUCUGUGAAUAUUGGUUUUCUGUAUUAUAUAUAUAUGGGAAUGUUGGCAGUUUUCUGCACAAAUGCAAUUAAUAUUUUAGCUGGAAUAAAUGGCCUUGAAGUGGGCCAGUCACUAGUUAUAGCUUUGUCCAUAAUAGUUUUUAAUUUAUUUGAGCUAAAAGGAGAUCAAUUCAAAGCUCACUACUUUUCAUUGCACAUUAUGAUACCUUACCUUUCUACUACAUUGGCUUUAUUCAAGCAUAAUUGGUUCCCAUCAAGAGUUUUUGUUGGAGAUACCUUCUGUUAUGUGUCAGGGAUGACAUUUGCUGUAGUAGGCAUACUUAGCCACUUUAGUAAGACUGUCCUUUUGUUCUUCCUACCCCAAAUAAUUAACUUUUUGUACUCAGUACCACAACUAUUCCAUAUUAUCCCCUGUCCAAGACACAGAUUACCUAAGUAUAGUGCAGAAACAAAUUUACUUCAAGCAAGCAGGACAGUUAUUGCAAAAAAAGAUCAGAAAUAUCUCAGCAAGAAAAUUGUUGAGGUACUAUCGUUCUUUAGAUUACUUGAUAAAUUUGAAGAUGAUACAUCUAUAGUAAUGAAUAAUAUGACUUUGAUUAAUCUGUUUUUAAUUAAGUUUGGGCCAAUGUCUGAGGUCAGGUUGACUGUAAUGUUAUUAAUAUUUCAAGUGUUAUGUACAUGUGUAGCAUUCAUUAUAAGGUAUCCUUUGGCUUCAUAUUUUUAUGAUGUUUAA